AUGAGAGCUGGAGUUUCUCCGGUGCAGCCAGCCCUAACACCCGAGGCGGCUGCCACCAUGAACCAGGCGGCCGCCCUGGCCAGGCAGCCCGGGUGUGGCGGACCAAUCCUAGGCCAACACCUGUAUCCUUCGGCCUCAAACGCACUUGUGGCCGCUCUCAAGCGGGCCGGGGCCCACCAGCGCCGUGAAUCUGUCGAACAACAGCAGCAGCAGCAAAGUUCGAUCAGAAUCGGGCUCGGGCAGCUUGUUGUGUCCAUACUGGACGAUCCGAGCGUGAGCCGGGUCAUGAGAGAAGCAGGCUUCUCGAGCGCCCAAGUCAAAUCCAACGUGGAAGACGCGAUCAAUUAUUUGCAGUCAUGCAAGGGAAAGAAAGUCGAGCAGCAAGUUACUGACAAAAAGGACGACAAUGUAGACGUGAUAAUCGAGUCAUUAUUAGCCGCCGGUGGAAGAGAAAGGAGGAGUCUCGUGAUAGUCGGUGAAAAUGUUUCGACUGUCCAGACUGCGGUGAAAAAGUUGAUGGAUCGCGUGGAUAGGGGAGAAGUGCCGGACGAGCUUAAGGAGGUGAAGUUUAUAACUAUCCCACCGUUUUACUCGUUCUUCAAUCUCGAGAGGCACUCGGUGGAGAAGAAGAUGGUGGAGUUGGGCGAACUGGUGAGGAGUCUGGUCUCGAAAGGGGUGGUUCUGCACUUGGGGGACCUUGAUUGGGUGAGCAGGUAUAGGGUUAGUAAAAUGGUGGGUGAGGAGGUAGGGCAUGACUAUUGUCCGGUGGAUCACUUGAUAACGGAGAUUGGGCGUUUGGUUUUCGAGAUUGUGAAUGGGAGGUUUUGGGUGAUUGGUGUUGCGGAUUUUGAGGCUUAUACGAGGUGUAAAAACGGGUACAGCUCGCUCGAGGAUGUUUGGGGGCUGCAUAUGGUUACGGUUCCUCCUGUACACGCAGGCUUGGGCUUGAGUAUUGUUUCUCCAAGUGAUGAGCAUAGUGCGGAAGCUAGAAGAGGAGCGGAAAAUGCAAUCGGUCAUCAGCAACUGCUUAUAGAUGAAGAGGUGAUCAAACUCACUUCUUCAUUGUCACCUUCUUUGUCGACUUCUUGCUUCUCGUUCGACCCACAUAACCCGAAGCCAUUAAUUUCUUGUUCAACCACGACAAGUUCUCCUUCCUCAAGUGGCAACAAUAGUACGGAUGCCGCAUAUUCUCCAAAGUUCAUAGAAUUCAGCUCGCAAAGCCUGAAUAUUUUGUGCAGUGCACUGGAGAAGAAGGUUCCAUGGCAAAAGGAAAUUAUCCCUGAAAUAGCUGCAACCAUAUUGCAAUGCAGAUCUGGAAUGUUAAGAAGAAAACACGACGUCACAGGCAACAGCUAUGUGAAGAGCGAAACAUGGCUACUCUUUCUUGGCCCCGAUGCACUAGCAAAAGAGAUAGUCUCAAGACACCUAGCUAAGACCGUGUUUGACUCAUGUUCUAACUUCGUAUCAAUCGGAAUAAGCAGUUUCGCCUCAUCCACAGAACCCGAUGCAUUGUCCGAGGAUCAUCGUAAGAAAAGAGUGAGGGACGAACAAAGUUGCUGCAGUUACAUAGACCGGUUUGCCCAGGCAGUGUCCGAAAAUCCACACCGUGUGUUCUUGUUGGAAGAUUUAGAGCAAGCGGAUCGCAUAUCAGAAAUGAGGAUAAGACGAGCAAUCGGAAGUGGGAGAAUAGCGAGCAGCACGGGGAUUGGUGAAGAGGCUAAGUUUUGUGAUGCUAUUGUUGUAUUGAGCUGUGAAGCGUUUAGACUCGGGUCGAGGGCUUGUUCUCCUUGUGAUAAAGAGAUCACGGACACUUGCGAUGAGCCGUUGGAUUUGAAUAUCAGCUUUGAUGUUGAUGAUGAAGAUCAUGGUGUUGUGGACCAGUCAGUUGGUGAUCAUUUAGGGAUUCUUGAGGGUGUUGUUGAUAGAAGUGUAGUGUUCAAAAUCCAAAAAUUGUAG